AUGUUUUCUCUGAGGGGCUUCGCUGCUUUCAUCCCCUGGACCUUUCUCCUCAUUGUAGACUCAAGUCAAGGUUCUGAGAUUAUCAAUGGGAUAGAAGUGCAGCCUCAUUCGCUGCCCUACAUGGCUCUGCUGGAGACAAACAACUCGAUCUGCGGAGGGAUUUUAAUUGACACAAAAUGGGUCCUGACUGCUGCACACUGUAACGAUACUGAGACAGUGCUGCUGGGGGUGCACUCCAUCAAAGAAGAAGAAAAAGAAAGCAGGCAGGUCCUAAAGGUGAAGACACAAGCUCCUCAUCCCUGCUAUAACAAGAAUGAACGUGUCAACGACCUCAUGCUGCUCAAGCUUGACAAGCCAGCAAAACAAACCAAGUGGGUCAAAGUUCUCCAGCUGAGGAAUCCCAUCAAAGAACCAGCAGCUAAAUCCACCUGUCUGGUGGCUGGAUGGGGGACAACGAACAACAUAGCCAAAAAAAUGUCCGAUGUCCUGAUGUCUGUCAAUGUGACUGUGAUCGACAGGAAAACGUGCAACUCUCCUCAAUAUUAUAACUUCAACCCUGUUAUCACCAAGAGCAUGAUCUGUGCUGGUUCAGACGGUAAUAAAGUUGCAGAUACCUGCUCGGGGGAUUCAGGGGGGCCGUUAAUAUGUAACGGAGCUCUGGUUGGAGUCACAUCUUUUGGCCGAGCGUGUGGGAAACUGAACAAACCUGGGGUGUACUCUUUUCUCACACAGCACCAGCUCAACUGGAUUAACAAGACAAUGAAGAAAGCUGAAAUAUAA